AUGGCGACCAAACCCGAUGAGAAAAUCGCAGUUCUGGAUGUUAAAUUAAAGCAGUUACUUAUUACAUGUGGGAGAACCGUAUCUGUGUUAGAAUCGACGAAAGAUAUCGCAAUAAAUCGCCAAAUAGAGUCGCUACAAGCGCUUUCGAAAGAUGUUGAACAAUCACGUCGCGAAGUCGAGCUACUAAAAAUUACAAACGACGAACCAGAAGAUGAAAUAACGACAUGGAAUGCUGAAGUUGAAGAGAAAUUAUCGAAGGCAGAUGAGGAUAUUAAGCGACUCGAGAAAUGGCAAGACGAAUACAAGCAAGAGAAAGAAUCCAUAGCGCGAGAAGAGCAGUUCAAGUUUGAAAUGAAGCUUCACGAAACUAAAUUACAACUUCAAUCGGAACAGAAUACGAAAGUUUUGGGUAAACAAACCAUUGGAGCGGAGAAAGAAGUUGCCGUAAAGCUGCCAAAGCUAGUAAUAACGAAGUUCGACGGGUCAUUCACCGACUGGAAUCGUUUUUGGGGACAAUUCAGCGAAUCUAUAGAGAAAUCUGGCAUCGCAAACGUUGUGAAAUUUUCGUAUCUAAAAGAGUUACUUGGCGACAAAGUACGACGUGACGUCGAGUCACUUCCAAAGGUUAUAAUCGGGCAAAAGCUAUAUUGUGUGAGAAAUACGGGAAAGAAAGCGAGAUUGUGA